UCCCCGCGCGGCUCGCGGGCGGUAACGAUGUCCCUGCAGGGGUUUGGAAGCGGGAUCGCCGACAGCAGCAGCCGCCGGGAUUGAACCUCGGGUUUCCCGAGAGCGCCGCCGCAACUGCCUCGCCCUCGCCCCGCCGCAGCAGCGGGGAGCGGCACCAGAUGGGGAAGCCAUAGGGAGUUUGUAUCAUGGCAGCAGAUGAGGAUGGACUGGGACUGUUUGAUAUCCGCUACGGUGCUGAAGCUUCUCCCUUCAAGGAAGGUGACGACAGCUCAGUGGAUAUUUAUGAUGGCUUGGACAGCAGUUUGUCGGUUUCUGACAAUUUUGCUCCAAGUUCUACUCCAUCUAGAAUCAGCUUAAAUUUAUUUGAUGAGAUAUUAAUUGAAGAAGGGACUGCAAAGAAAGCAUCCUACGAUGAGUUGCAGGCUGAAUAUGAAAAAUGUCAGCAGCAAAUUAAAGAGUUGAUGAAGAAAUUUAAAGAAAUACAGGCACAGAAUGUCAUUCUACAGAAUGAAAACCAAGCCCUUAAAAAGAAUAUUUCAGCCCUUAUCAAAACAGCAAGAGUGGAAAUUAACCGUAAGGAUGAAGAAAUCAGUCAUCUCCAUCAAAGGCUAGCAGAAUUUCCCAAUCAUCGAAGUAUUUUCACCAGAACAUACCUUCCAGGAUCAACUAAACCAAACGAUUCCAAAUUCAGACUUUCUGAUUUAGGUGACAAUAUAAAGAUGGAACAUAGAAUGAAAAGUGACUGUUCAAAAGAUACAUACCACACUUACUCAGCUUAUAAUGCAGACACUGGGAAUUCUGGCUCUGAAAAAAGUAACACUCCAUAUUUGCUGAGAUACCCUCCUGAAGAGCUCUGCAAUGAUGAUACUCACAUGUGUCCACUGAGCUAUGACCAUGCUUCCAACAGGGAUAACAGAAAGGAAAGAAAAGACAUUAAAAGUAAUGAACAGUGCAGUAGGGGAAAUGUCGGCAAAUACAAGAGAGAAGUACAUCAGAGCACUGGAAAUGAUGGUGACAGUGAAGAGGGGAAUUCAGAUCCUCAACAGAAGCUGAAAACCCUUUCAGAGAAGGCUAGUAAAAAUGAGUUGCAACAAAAAAGUCAGAGCAUCAAACUCAAAUGUAGUCCAAGUAUAGAAAGAAGAGUAGAAAGGAGUGUUUCUUCCUGGGAGAAACAAACAGCUGGUAAAGACAGAUUUCAAACAAGAGGUGAAUUGUAUGCUGAUGAGAGAUUACAAAAUGCAUUAAAAAAAGACAUUAAAACACAUGAUAAAGGAGAAAAGCAUGCUGGCCAAAAAAAUAAACCAAAUGAAAAGCUGCAAGGACAUCCAAGGAGGUCUGGAAGGGGGAACAGUCCACACUCAAAGAAUGAACAUUCAAAGAGUCUUCAUGAAUCACGUAAAUGUCGUCUGGAAGAGUCUAGAAAAGUAAAACAUAUCGACAGCAAGAGAGACAGGGGAACAGAUGAUCAUACCUCUCGAGAAGGAAGAACUUCACCUUCUAGUUCCAACAGCAGAGAGCAUAAAUAUGCACGCUUGAAGGAAAGCAGUAGUAGAUAUGAAUGGGAAACAGCACAUUCCAAAUCAGAAAGACACAGAACUGAAGAAAAAAGGAAAAGAGAAAGAGAGGAUCAGGAUGAAAAUAGGCAUUUUAGAAAUGAAAAAAAACUUGCAAAAAAAUUUUCUCACCAGUCUGUAAAAGACUCCAAGAAAGGUACAAAUGUUACAAAAAGUGAGAGAAACAAAUUCUAUAAGCUGGAAGAAACGUCCACAGUAGCAGAUAGCUUAAAAGACCAUAAAGUUCCCAAAACUAAAGAUAACCACACUGUGACAAAAAACAAAGACUUAAAACUUAGCUUUAUGGAAAAGCUAAAUUUAACUCUUUCUCCUAAUAAGAAACAAUGUCUCUCUGCAACAGAUGGACUUAAAACACCUUUUCGAAAGGCCGCUGACAAGAGAGGAACAGAGCUCACACUGCAAGCACAACUCUUGCAUUCUGCCCACCCUGUAGACUGUGGUCCCACAGAGCAAACUCUGCACAUUCUGGACAGUGAAGCUCAGAGCAACAUGGAACCAACCCUGCCUGUUUCUGUCAGUUCUGAAAAUGAAGCCUCGAAAGUCACAGCAGCAGAUCCAGCACAGUCUGCAAUGCUGCCAGCAGGGGCAACUGAUGAACCGAUUUCAGAAACCUUUCCAGAAGCAGAAGUGGGUCAGGUACGACCCCAAGUCUUGCCAGGAGCAGCAGAGGUGCUGGUUCCUGGUGUGGUGCAGGCUGACACGUCAGAAGCUGCAGAGGCUUGUGAUCUGGUUGAAUCAGAAGUCUCAGUAACAGCAGUGGCAGUGAUGGGGCUGAACCACCCUGUAUCUUUGCCCCUGGAGGUGACGGGGAGUGUGACAGAGUGUGAAAACUUGCCUGGGACAGGGGUGGGUGUGAUGCAGGAUGAUAAUGUACCAGCAGCAGAAGUCGCACAACCUGAACCUGCCAGUGAAAGUAUGGGAGUCCUUCCAGAGUCAGCAGCAGGGAAGAAAGAGGAAGAUGAAAUAUGGCUAGCUGCUGACAUAGAAAGCUCUGCAGACCAAUGUGGCUCUCAAAAUGUUGUCUUAGAUGAAUCAGAAGCCAGAAGUUCUGGUGACCUGAAGUCCUCUGAUGUUGCAGAUGGUAUCAGUGAAACAAAACUAGACUCUUUAAUGCGAGUAAUGAGGGAUGAUGGUAACUUGGCUGCAGAAAGUGUUAAGUAUCCCACUGAGGAAAAGGAUAUCUGCAAAAUUAGUAUGAGUACAUCCCAGUCACUGGACAGAACUAUGAUAACUGAUAGGGAUGAACCACUAGUUGAUCAGAAUGCUUGUGAUCUAGAGCCAGACCUAGCUGAUACCGGUACGGCAACAGCAUCUUCUGUCAGUGGUGAGAUGUGUCCUGUAACUAAAGAGAGGGAAACUAACCCAAUUCCUGUUGAUGAUGACAGCUCAAUACUGAGCAUUGAUCUCAAUCACUUGAGGUAUAUUCCGAAGGCAAUCAGCCCAUUGAACAGUCCAGUGCGCCCUUUGGCUAAAGCAGUAAAGAUGGAAAGUCCCUGUAAAGGCCUUGUGAAGACUUAUAACAAAGAUUUAAUUCCUGAAAGUACGGUUGUCAUCUGUCCCUCAAAGAAUUUGUCAAAGGAGGUAAACAAAGAAAAUCAAAAGCCUGUUAGCAUGUCUGAUGAACACUUAGAGGUGGAGUCUCAGCUAAGUAUCUCUUCAGACGAAAUAGAAGAAGGAGAAAUUGUAAGUAGCGAUGAAGAUGAAGAAGAAUCUAAACCAGAAAGAAGCUCUCAAAAUACAGAAAAGUCAGGACCAAAAGCUUCUUCUGAGACACGAAAUUUGACCAGCAGUCCACAGAAUCAAAAUAGCAAAACUGUGCGUUGCAAUGAAGAUAAUGGAAAAUUUGUUUCUGUGAAAGUAAGCACAAAGAAGAACAGAGAGAGGCAUAAAAGUCAGACUUUCAAAGUCAGAUCUUCAAGGGAUAUGAAGAAGACCAAAACUGUGAGCAUUGCUUGUCUUGAAAAAAUAGUUCAUGUUAUUGUUGAACCUUCAAAUAUACAAGAAAUCAUGCAGAUGCUAAGAGCUGUACGAAAACAGAUGAGGAAAAGUUACAUGAAGUUCAAGGUACACUUCCCAGUUCAGCAUUUUCACAGAAUUAUAGAAUCUGGGAUCAUAAAUUUUACAGCAUUAAUAAGAUACUUGAACUUUUCCAAGAUGUGUACGUUAGGCGAUACAUUAAAAUUGAAUAUCUGUGAUAUUAUAGAGUCCAAACUUAAAAAAGUUAAAAAGAAUGCAAUAGUGGACCGUCUUUUUGAACAGCAAGUAUCAGACAUGAAAAAACAGUUGUGGAAAUUUGUAGAUGAACAGCUUGAUUACUUAUUUGAAAAGAUAAGGAGAAUUAUAAUAAAGCUAUGUGAUGUGGGAAAUGGGAGUGAGGAGGGUAAAUUUGAAAGGGCAGGAAAGCAAAACCACAAGAUUACUCUUAAAAAUGAUAUGCAGAGAUCAAGAAAAAAGUCCCUGAAAACCAGUUCUCAAAAGCCUGAGGAAUAUAUCAUUUCAAAGCAGAUUGUGGAUUAUCAACAACUUAAGUGUCACCAUGAGAAAAAUAAAACAGGUGCGCCAAAAACUGCCUUUACAAAAUGUCUUAACUCCAUUGAUAACACAAGGAAUUCUCAAACAAAAGUGCACCUCUCUAAAGAGAAUAAUUUGCAAGGCACUCUUACUCCAUUGAAGGCUGUAAAAUAUGAAAAGGAAGGAUUCCAGCUAUCUAGAGAUGCUGACAAGUCUGAUCUUAGUUAUGAGCUUCUCACAGAACAACAAGCAUCCAGUCUUACAUUUAAUCUUGUAAGUGAUGCUCAAAUGGGUGAAAUUUUCAAAAGUUUAUUACAAGGUUCUGAUCUCUUGGAAAAAAAUGGUGGCAAUAUCAACAGAAAUGAGUGUGAAUUCAGGACUCCAGAAAAACAGUUUUUAGGCAGUCAUAAAUGCAGAGGUAAUGCUGCAGAAUUGGGGCAGGAGAUUGCUCCAAAGGAGUCAUGUGUGGAAUCUAAACCAGAACAGGAUAUUAACUGGACUGUUGUUUCACCUGUAAGAGCUCCCUCAUUAGCAUGCAGGACUCAUAUGCCUGUUGAUCCAGAUGUGCUGGAUGAGAGCUGUAUGUUUGAGGUUUCUACAAAUGCAGCUUCAUGCAAAGAAGAUGAAUGCAAUUUACAGAAGAAUAAAUCAUGUGUUUCUUCUAUCCUCCUUGAAGAUUUGGCUGUUUCUUUAACUAUUCCAUCACCUUUGAAAUCAGAUGCUCACCUCAGCUUCCUAAAACCUGAGAAUAAUUCUGGCUCAACUCCUGAGGGUGUUGUCAGUGCACAUUACAGUGAAGAUGCGCUUCUUGGAGAGGAGGAUGCCACUGAACAAGACAUUCAUUUGGCCUUAGAAUCGGAUAACUCAAGCAGUAAAUCAAGUUGUUCAUCAUCGUGGACAAGUCGGCCUGUUGCUCCCAGUUUUCAGUGUCGCCCCAGCCUUCCAAUGCAAGCAGUAAUCAUGGAGAAAUCCAACGAUCAUUUUAUUGUAAAGAUUAGGCGUGCAAUGCCGUCUGCCUCACCCGCAUCUGAUCACAUGGCUUCAGUGAAGGAGGUGCAGGCAUCCUCAACAAAGAUUGGAAAAGAAGAAAUAAGAACUGGGGGAAAAGAAAAGGGCAGUCAGAGUGCCACAGCAGCCACUGUGAAAGAAACUGUCAAACCAGAUGUGGUUGAGAUGGAUCAGUUGCAUCACGUCUGGGCUGAACACGAACAAAAUCGUGCCUUACCUCAGGUUCCGAAGGAGUCACAUAAUAGCAUUGGAAAGGAAGAAACUACUGGGUUGCUUGGACCCUCAAACACAGAGAGCUGCGACACUGAAAGCCCAGAUAAAAGCUCUGAGCAAUCUGAGGCACACAAGUUGAAAGUAUCCAAAAAUAUAAAUGAAAUGCAUGUUAGAUCUCAAGCUUCUUUUCCUGCUGAAUGCAGCAUGAAGUCAUACAUAACCUUAGCAGACAAUAUUGUCAGUGGAACUUCAUGUCAUGCGGUGGCAUCCAGAGCAGAUAAUGGGACACAGGCAACUUCUACAGGAAACCCAGAAGUCAGUGAUAAAAAGGAAGAGCUUAAAGAGUGCUUCAAUGCAUCUAUAGACUUAACAGAAGAGCUUUCCAAUGAGACUGUAGCAGGCAAAUGUAAUCUUGAAAUAAAACCCACUUCAAAGACUGAUGGAGGGUGCCAGAUAAGUAUAGAUGAUAAAACAAGUAAAAAGAGGAAAAAGGAGGCUGUCAAAGAUAAUUCCAACUCAAAAAGGCAACGAAAAGAAACUGACUCAACAGGUGAAGGGAGUAAUGAAAGCGAUAUCAAGUCUGAAGAAAUAAAUUCACCACCCAAACAAUGCUCCAAUAACAAGAAUGAGCUGCAGCAGAACAAAGACUCUUCUCCUUUGGUUUCAUCUCCAUCAUCACCAAGCCUGUAUGCCAAAAACAUCAUUAAAAAGAAGGGAGAGGUAGUAGUUUCCUGGACAAGAAAUGAUGACCGAGAAAUUUUACUGGAAUGUCAGAGAAAAGGACCAUCAAGCAAAACCUUUGUUUCUUUGGCCACUAGGCUGAACAAAAGCCCAAAUCAGGUUUCAGAAAGAUUCAAGCAGUUAAUGAAGCUGUUCAAGAAAUCCAAGUGCAAGUAAAGUCACACCAAGUUGCUUCAUGAUUACAGGGUUUACUUGCUGUUACCUGCAAUGAUGGACCACAACCACUGCAUUCAUGCGAUGGGAUUACUGACAGAUAUCCAAGCCAGAAUACUAAAUUUGGUGAAUCUGGUGCACUAUUAAUUAUUUACUUGUCUGUGUUUCCUCCGAAGUUCUUUAACAGAGUAACACAGCGGGAACUUCACAAACAAAGCGACCAGGAAAGAAUGGGCUCAUACAAAUGGAGCAGCAUCAUUUCAAGGGGGUGACAUCUCCGGUUGGUUAAAUGUGUUCUGUAAGCAGAGAUAAGGGUGUGCAGUCAAGUCAAAGUGGUGGCUUUUGCUUCAAUUGCCAAAGUACUGCACUGGUUGAUGUCAAACUAUGAUCUUAAAAAGUUAGAGUGGUUUGGAAUCAAAUUGGUAGAUAAUCCUGAAAAAUCACAGGUGUGUCAUCCUGGUUACCUUGGAACAUAUUUUAAGAACUGAGGCCUUUUUCUUUUAAAAUAAGGCAGGGCAGUGAUAGCAAUGAUUCCAAAAGCUGCUUAUCUAAUAAUUGAAUUCUGAUGCUCAGGAAUAGGUGGAUCUUGCUGCUUGUUCUUAACAAACAUUUGUGACAAUUGUUUACUUACUGGAGAUUUAAAUCUAACUAAAUUUGUUGUCAGAAUAGUCAGUUUGCAGAGUAGCAUAAAUAUUAUUUUACAUGAACGCUAUGCUGCGAAGCCCAUUAUGUUUUACUGCUCCAAAUUACAUCUGGGAGAGGUACUUAAUUUAGGUCUUCAACAUAAUAAACAUUCUGUUCUAUUAAAAAAAAAAAAUAAAAAUUGAGAAGUGAUUUUCUUUUAAAAAUUAAUUUAAAAACAGACCUUUACAGUUCUAUAGAAUGUGACUUUAUACUUACUAACCAGAGCAAAACUUCCAUAAAAACAAGCUGUUUCAAAAGCUUGUCAACUUGGCAUGUUUUGACAGCAAUUGUAUCUAUCUUUACAAAUUGUUUAGCGCAUUAGAAAUUCAUUAUGUUCUAUUUUAAAGUUUGUUAUAACUGUUUCCAGUUUUACUAGAACAUACCUAAAGUGUGUGUGUGUGUGUGUGUGUGUGUGUGUGUGUGUGUGUGUGUGUAUACAUAUAUAUAUACACACACACACAUCUCAUACGUAUUGCUGUUUUAUCCCAAAUUUCUAAAAAGAUUUUUUUUAAUUCUCCCUGAGAAACAUUCCUGGAAGUUUGCAAAUGUUUUUGUUUUAUAAAUUCAUUGAUUUUUGAGGUUUUAUUCUUUAUUGAGGAUCAGAAUUGCUGUAGUCUUUAUUCAGUCAGAGUGUCUGCUGAAUUUAGUUAGACUUCAUUUAAGAGCCCCACCUAAGUGCAUUGCCUUUCAACUUGGAUUGAAUUGGCUCUUUUUCAGAGUCCAAUGACCAUUUCUUCAGUGUCAGCAUGUUUUUUUUGCUCCCUCUGCCAACUAAUGGGACAGACUUCUCUUUCUAAUAAACUGUCAUAUAAUUUGUCAGUGAUGAUGUCAGUAACCCCUUUGGAGUAUUGUAAAUGUGACCUGUGGAAUGGAUUGUUAUGCUGCCAAACAGUGCAUUGUCCUCAUUUUAGGCAGUGCUCUGGAAAUUGUUACAAGAAUGACUUAAGUAGGUGAUGAUGUCAGUUCUGGCAGUCUUCCAUCUUACUUGCUUCCUUCUAAAAUGUUUGCUUUUGAUGAUCUAAUCUCACCUUCCAUGCUAUGCUGGCAGUGCCUGGUGAUUUCAGGGGGGAUUGGUGUACCUACCCGUGCUUGUUCUUAACAAACAUUUGUGACAGUUGUUUAUUAAUUGGAGAUUUAAAUCUAGCUGAAACUGUUUUCAGAGUAGUCAGUUUGCAGAGUACUGUUCAUAUUUGUGGAAAAGUCAGACUCUACUAAGAGUACUCUUUUAACCAUAUCCUUAGAGAUCAACAUGUGCACAGUACUGAAGGCAAUGAGGGAAGUCACUUCACUUAAGUGCUUUCUCUCUGCCUCAAAAAAGCAGGCAGUAUUUUAUUACAAAGUUGUUUAUUCCUUGUCUGUGUUUACUUACUUUCGUAUCUGUAUAGGUGAUGGGGGACAGGGUUUGAUUGUUUUGAGUCUGACUUGGAUUCCUUUUUUGUAAAGUAUGAAACUUGUUUAAUGUUCUCUCUGUUGUAACUAUGUGUACAGGUUCCUACAUGGUCAUGUAAAAUAUCUGAUGUUUGUAUAUAUAUAUAAAUACAUGUAUAAAAAUAGAGCUUUGUUUAGCCAAAGAUGAUUUUUUUAACUAUAUAAAACUACAGGUUUAUUUUGUAUAAACUAAAUAGAUUGCUUACUGUAAGGGAGAUGCAAAAAAUAAAACUGUAAAACUCACACACGUGUUCUUGUUGAACAAAGGUUGGCUUGGAGUGGUUUUCUACCAUUGUUUGUAAUUUAUUUCUCCAACAAGAGUUUUGAUACAUAUAUGCAAAUUGUACUGUAUGUAAAUCUGCAGUCUUCUUUGUGGAACCUCAGGUAAAUGAAAAUAUUUUCUAAAAUUGUUGGCUAAUGGCUUGACAACUACACAGGCUGUGAAGCAGCAUUAAACUUUACUUCUGUUAGUUUGUAUAAAUGAGUAGCUAUGUUGAUGUUCUGGCCAAUAAACAUGAAACUCCUCA